AUGGAAUCUACAAAAACGGUAAAAGAAGAUGAAAAAACACCAAUAAAUACACCAGAAAUUUUAGCAAUGUACAAUGAAGAAGAAUUUUUUACAAAACGUGAAAAUCCAAAUGAAAUAAAAAAUAGAAUAGAAGGUUACAUAAAAAGAUUAUCUGAAGAUUGGAAACCUGCUUUAGCAACAUGUUUAUUUUCCGAAAAAGAACUCCUAGAAAUUGUUUACCGUGCACGGGAGGCUUUCUGGAUGCAACCAAUUCUUGUUGAAGUUUCAACUGAUGUUACUGUUGUGGGUGAUAUUCAUGGACAAUUUGAAGAUUUACUAGCUAUGUUUCAUUAUAAUGGUUACCCACCCGAUAUUAAGUACAUUUUUCUUGGAGAUUAUGUCGAUAGAGGUCCUUUUCAACUAGAAGUUAUGAUAAUACUUUUUUGUUUUAAAAUUUUGUAUCCUGAUGAUAUCACACUUUUAAGAGGUAAUCAUGAAUCAAGACUUCUUAAUAUACAAUAUGGCUUCUUUUCAGAAUGUAAAAACCGUUAUUCAUCUCAUUUAUGGGAAGUAUUUCAGACAGCUUUUGCAAAUAUGCCAUUUUGUGCAUUAAUAGAAAAAAAAAUUCUUUGUAUGCAUGGUGGAAUCUCUGAAGAACUUAUUCAUUUCAACCAAUUUGAAGAAAUAGAAAGGCCGUGUGAUAUCCCUGAUAUGGGACUUCUAGCAGAUUUAACAUGGGCUGAUCCAUCCGAAAAAAUUGAUAAUUACGAGGAAUCCCCUAGAGGGGCAUCUAGAAUAUUUGGUAAAGUUGCUUUAGAAAAAUUUCUUGCAGUUAACGAUCUUCAAAUGAUUGUUCGAGCACAUCAAGUAGUUGACGAGGGUUUUGAAUUUUUUGCCAACAAAAAGUUGGUAACAAUAUUUUCUGCACCACAUUAUAUUGGUCAAUCAACCAAUAAAUCAGCUAUUAUGAAAAUUUCUAAAGAUCUAAAAUAUACAUUUGUUCUUUUUGAACCUAAAGAUGGAUAUUUAAAUGAAAAUUCUCGUGUACUAACAAAACCUACUCUGUCUGUGAGACCAACCUAUCACUUAUUAUCAAUGGCUUUUAAUCCUAAUUUUAAUGAAAUUGGUGGUGCUUUUGUCAAUCAUUAUUACUCUAAAUUUGAUGUAGGAGAUGUUAAUAUAAGAGCUCAAGGACUUAGUGAUUUAUAUGAUCCUGAAAAUUCUUACUUAACUUUUGAGGGAAAACAAUGUAAAGGAAGAGAUCAAAUAUUAUCUCAACAUCAGCAACUUACUUUUAAACAAAUUAAACGUGCCCUCACGAAAAUCGACUGUCAACCUUUGUAUGAUGGAGCUAUUGCUGUAGUUGUUUUUGGUCAAUUGCAGACAGAUGAAGAUCCAAUACAAUCAUUUAACCACUUCUUCAUUCUGCGACCAAAUGGAGCAUCAUUCUUCAUUUCUAAUGAAGUUUUCCGUCUGGUACUUCAUGACCAUUAG